AUUUGUAGAAAAUAGUAAAGCACAUUGCGUCGCAAAAUUUAGCCUGUAUAUAAAAAUUUUUGCUCAAACUGAUUUCUAAUGAUUUCUUGUUUGAAGAAUGACGGGAAGAAAUAGCUUUAGAUUUCAAUCUGAUUGGCUACAUAAAACCGAAUUUAAAGGCUGGCUGGUAAGGAUAAAAGAUGGUGAAAAUGACGCAGCAUUUUGUAAGCUGUGUAACAAAAGAUUAAUGUGCCAUAAGCCAGUUUUAUCAAGGCAUUUAAACACAAAUUUUCACAAAGCUGCUGCUGCCGCCAUUAAAUCAACUCCAAAUAUUACCAUUGCUUUAAAUAGCUCAAAUUCAAACAAAGAAGCCGUUAAAAGAGCAGAAUUAAAAAUAGUUGGCUUAUUAGCCACAAACAAUUUGGCAUUUAGGUUGGUAGAUGACCUUGUUCCAAUACUAAAAUCAUCUUUUCAAGACUCCGAUAUAUUAAAACAAGUUAGCCUCCAUAGAACAAAAGCAACGGCCUUAAUGAAAAAUGUUUUAGGCCCGGAUUUUUCUCAAGAGCUGUAUACGAAAUUAAAAAAUACAGUUUUUUCAAUUAUAAUAGAUGAAACAACUGAUAUAAGCACAACAAAACAAAUUGCCUUUACUGUAAUUUUUUAUAAUGAUGAUACAUCCAGUAUUCAAUAUUCCUUUUUUGAUUUUAAGGAAUGUGAAUCCUCCACCGCAAAAGAUAUUUUUAAUCUUCUAAAGAGUACAAUAACUGAAAAAGGUAUUCCAUUUCAAAAUUUAGUAGGAUUUGCUUCCGAUACACCCAAUGUUAUGUUUGGUCAGUACAAUUCUGUGGCCAAAUUUUUAAAAAAUGAGAAGCCGGAUAUAGCAGUAAUAAAAUGCUCUUGCCAUUUAAUCCACUUAGUAGCUUCGAAGGCCUGCCUAAAACUACCAACAUAUUUGGAAGAUUUGCUGCGCAACUUGGGUUCAUAUUUUAAUAGAAGUUAUAUUCGGCAAAAAAAACUAGAAGAGUUUCAAGAGUACUUCCAAACUGGAGUACAUAAAAUAUUAUCACCAGCAAUUACCAGGUGGCUUUCAAUACAUUGUUGUGUUAAACGAGUUUUGGAACAGUUUGAGCCUUUAAGAAGUUUCUUAAGACUCGAAGUUUUUGAAGAUCCAUCAAAAGUAACCGAAACUAUGCUUCAUUCAUUAGACGACCCAAAAACUAAAAUUUAUUUUGAAUUUUUGUCAUAUGCUUUAGGUAUUUUAGUUUCAUUUAAUGUCCUUUUUCAAUCAGAAAAACCAAUUUUAUACAAAAUGAAGAACGAAGUUAUAAAUAUAUUGCAAACAUAUUAUUCAAAUUAUAUAAAGAUGGACGUUUUGAAGUCAAAAUGUAUAUGGCAAAUCAAUGAAUCAGAUGAAAACCUAUUUUCAAGUUUAAAUGAUAUUUAUAUUGGAGUUGCUGCAUAUGAAUCAUUAUCUCAAAUUUCUACUACAGAAAAAACAAUAAUUCUUCAAAAUUGUAGGGAGUUUUACAUAGAGGCAAUUCAUCAAAUAAAGUCAAGAUUUGACUUUAGUGAUCCAAUUUACUCUAUUGUAGAUAUUGUAAAUCCCAAAAAUGCUCAAAAUUUUGAACCAAAAUCGCUAACCCUAUUUACAAAAAGAUUUCCGUUAUUCGAUAUAGAUUUGCAACAACUCGACAAUGAGUGGCGACAGAAUGCUCUAUUAGACAUCGUCAAAUUUGAACUUAAUGGAAGUUUAGAACCAGAAGCGUACUGGCUUAAAGUUUUUAAAUUAAAAAAUUCCUUGGGAGAUAGUUUGUUUCCGAAUUUACAAAAAGUCAUUAAUUUUAUUUUAAUUUUACCAUUCUCAAAUGCUUCUGCCGAAAGGAUAUUCAGUAAUUUAAAAAAUUGCAAAACAGAUUUGAGAAAUAAGAUGUCUUCUGAAACUUUAGCAUCAAUUUUUUUUACAAAUGAAGGAAUUCGGAGAAAUGGUAAUGAAAACUAUGAACCUAGUCAGGAAAUGUGCAAAAAAAAAUGGAAAUUUUGAUCUCAAAUUUAUAGUUUAAAUUACAUGAAUUUAUGUUUACUAUUUUUAUUUAUUUGUUUUUGUUUAUAAAUAUGA